CGGGAACAUGGCGGGGCAGCCCGCGGCCCCGGCCACACCGCCGCCCAACCGGAACGGAGCAGCGCCCAACGUGGUGGCGCGGAUCUCGCAGUGGGCCGACGACCACCUGCGCCUCGUCCGGGGCAAUUUGGUUUUGAUGCUGUGCCAGCAAUCUUCUGACAAUGAGUUACUGGAACUUGGAGAAAAGGACCUGUGUGCAGUACCGCAGGCAUUUUCUGGUGGACAACAGUCCGUUUCAUGUUGAAAGAUGCAUGAGCGUAAUGCAGUCUGGGACACAGAUGAUCAAGCUGAAGCGUGGGACCAAGGGGCUCGUCCGGCUCUUUUACCUGGAUGAACACCGGACCCGCCUCCGAUGGAGACCCUCUAGGAAGAGUGAGAAGGCAAAAAUACUUAUUGACUCCAUUUACAAAGUCACCGAGGGUCGGCAGUCUGAGAUAUUCCACAGACAGGCUGAGGGGAACUUUGAUCCCAGCUGCUGCUUCACCAUCUACCAUGGCAACCACAUGGAGUCCCUGGACCUCAUCACCUCCAACCCCGAGGAGGCCCGCACCUGGAUCACAGGCCUCAAGUACCUCAUGGCUGGCAUCAGUGAUGAAGAUUCUCUUGCCAAAAGGCAGAGGACCCACGACCAGUGGGUGAAGCAGACCUUUGAGGAAGCUGAUAAGAAUGGCGAUGGCUUAUUGAACAUUGAAGAGAUACACCAAUUGAUGCACAAACUAAAUGUCAAUCUGCCCCGAAGAAAAGUCAGACAAAUGUUUCAGGAAGCUGAUACAGAUGAGAAUCAGGGAACUCUGACUUUUGAAGAAUUCUGUGUGUUUUACAAAAUGAUGUCUUUGAGACGAGACCUUUAUCUGUUGCUUUUGAGCUACAGUGACAAGAAAGAUCAUCUAACUGUGGAAGAACUGGCUCAGUUUUUGAAGGUGGAACAAAAGAUGACAAAUGUGACAACAGACUAUUGUAUUGACAUCAUAAGGAAAUUUGAAGUUUCUGAAGAAAAUAAGGCGAAAAAUGUCCUUGGCAUAGAAGGCUUCACGAACUUCAUGCGUAGUCCUGCUUGUGACAUCUUUAACCCCCUGCAUCAUGAAGUGUACCAGGACAUGGAUCAGCCACUGUGCAACUACUACAUUGCUUCCUCCCACAACACAUACCUGACCGGGGACCAGCUCCUGUCUCAGUCCAAAGUGGACAUGUACGCGCGGGUGCUGCAGGAGGGCUGUCGCUGUGUGGAAGUUGACUGUUGGGAUGGCCCGGACGGAGAGCCAGUGGUGCACCACGGUUACACGCUCACUUCAAAGAUCCUCUUCAGAGAUGUUGUGGAGACCAUCAACAAGCAUGCCUUUGUGAAGAAUGAGUUUCCAGUCAUACUGUCCAUUGAGAAUCACUGCAGUGUCCAGCAGCAAAGGAAAAUUGCUCAGUACCUGAAAGGCAUAUUCCAAGACAAACUCGACCUGUCAUCUAUAGACACAGGAGAGACCAAGCAGCUUCCAAGCCCUCAAAGUUUGAAAGGCAAAAUCCUAGUGAAGGGCAAGAAGUUGCCUUACCACCUUGGAGAUGAUGCCGAAGAAGGAGAAGUUUCUGAUGAAGACAGCGCAGAUGAAAUUGAAGAUGAGUGCAAGUUCAAGCUCCAUUAUAAUAAUGGGACCACUGAGCAUCAGGUGGAAUCUUUCAUAAGGAAAAAACUGGAGUCGCUGUUAAAAGAAUCUCAAAUUCGAGACAAGGAAGAUCCUGAUAGUUUCACAGUGAGGGCACUCCUGAAGGCCACGCAUGAAGGCUUAAAUGCACACCUGAAGCAGCAUCCAGAGGCAAAGGAAAGUGGAAAGAAGGCACAUGGACGAUCCCUCAUGACCAGCUUCGGAAAACAUAAGAAAACCACAAAAUCACGGUCUAAAUCUUAUAGUACUGAUGAUGAGGAGGAUGCACAGCAGAAUCCUGGCAAGGAAACUGGCCAGCUGUAUCGGUUGGGCCGGCGAAGGAAAACCAUGAAGCUGUGUCGAGAGCUCUCUGAUUUGGUUGUGUACACAAACUCUGUGGCAGCCCAGGACAUUGUGGAUGAUGGAACCACAGGAAAUGUGUUAUCCUUUAGUGAAACAAGAGCACAUCAAGUGGUUCAGCAGAAAUCAGAGCAGUUCAUGAUUUAUAACCAAAAGCAGCUCACGAGGAUUUAUCCCUCCGCCUACCGCAUCGAUUCCAGUAACUUCAACCCUCUGCCCUACUGGAACGCAGGUUGCCAGCUAGUGGCACUGAACUACCAGUCUGAAGGGCGAAUGAUGCAGUUAAAUCGAGCCAAAUUCAAGACAAACGGCAACUGCGGCUACGUUCUCAAACCCCAGCAGAUGUGCAAAGGUACUUUCAACCCUUUCUCAGGUGAUCCACUUCCUGCCAACCCCAAAAAACAGCUCAUCCUGAAAGUGAUCAGUGGACAACAACUCCCCAAACCUCCAGAUUCCAUGUUUGGAGACCGAGGAGAGAUCAUUGAUCCUUUUGUUGAAGUUGAAAUUAUUGGAUUGCCGGUAGAUUGUUCUAAAGAUCAAACUCGUGUGGUGGAUGACAAUGGAUUUAACCCUGUAUGGGAAGAAACCCUGACAUUUACAGUACACAUGCCAGAAAUAGCUUUGGUCCGGUUCCUCGUGUGGGAUCAUGAUCCAAUUGGACGAGACUUUGUUGGGCAAAGAACUGUGACCUUCAGCAGCUUGGUGCCUGGCUACCGGCAUGUCUACUUGGAAGGACUGACAGAAGCAUCUAUAUUUGUCCACAUAACAAUCAAUGAAAUCUAUGGAAAGAACAGACAGCUCCAAGGUUUGAAGGGGCUGUUCAAUAAGAAUCCCAGACACAAUUCUUCAGAAAACACUUGCCAUUACAUUCGGAAGCGAUCGAUUGGAGACAAGAUUCUGCGACGCACAGCCAGUGCUCCGGCCAAAGGCAGGAAAAAGAGCAAAAUGGGCUUCCAAGAAAUGGUAGAGAUGAAGGAUUCUGUUUCUGAGGCUGCAAGAGAUCAAGAUGGGGUCCUGAGAAGGACCACGCGGAGUUUGCAAGCACGCCCUGUCUCUAUGCCUGUUGACAGAAGUCUUCUUGGGGCUCUGUCGCUGCCUGUAUCUGAAACCGCAAAAGACACUGAAGGAAAGGAAAACUCUCAGGCAGAAGAUAAGGAUGCCAGGAAAGAUGGGAAGGCAAGUGUAAAAGACCAGCAUUUUCCAAAUUUCAACAAAAAGUUAUCCUCUUCCUCCAGCGCUCUCAUCCACAAAGACAUCAGCCAAGGGAACUCUGCUGUUUCUACUACCAACUUGUCAAUCACAGAACAGUUAGUGCCAGGUCCAAAGGGUGGGAGAACCAAAUCAAAUGUGUUAAGUGAUUGCUGGGAACAUCAGUGCCUCAGCAGAUGCCUCUCUCCAAGGCAGCAUUUGGCUUGUGACCCUGCAGUUAGCCCAUCAAAAGAUCUAUGUGGUGUGAAAACCAAGGAAAAUGGGAAUGCUGGGGGCUUCGUGGUAGGGAAAAGCACGUUGUCAGGAAGCAUCCUUUCUCAAAGCAAUCUGGAGAUUAAGAAGCUGGAAGGUAACUGGGAUAAGGGCAGAGCUGCAACAUCCUUUUCUCUGUCAGACGUCUCUACACUCUGUUCUGAUGCACCCGACUUACAUUCCACAGCAAUUCUCCAGGAGAGUGAAAUUUCCCACCUUAUUGACAAUGUCACUUUAACAAAUGAGAAUGAGCCUGGCAGUUCCAUCUCGGCACUGAUUGGCCAGUUUGAUGAGACCAGUGACCAGGCUAACCCUACAGUUGUUUCUCAUCUUCAGAGCCCUAGUGUGAUGUCAGGCCAUCCUCCUGUGCCCACCAUGGACCUAAAAAUGCCCUUCAAGCCUGGCUUUUCCAAUGGAAAACCCAAGUCAUCCUUCCUGUGCUCAUCUCCUGAGCAGAUUGCAUUCUCCGGACACGAGACCUGUGAAUGUUCAACACACACAGCUGUUGGUGAAACUAUCUCCACUCCUGUCUCUAAAACUAAACCAGACGAUGACCUUUCUGGGAAGGCCAUGACUGGGGCCAUAGAAAAGAACCUGCCUCGGUCCUCUAGGUCUUCUCACUGCUGGUUACCAGAAAGUUCCACCCAUGGAAAAGACUGGGAAAUCCUGAAGAACCCCAGCCCUGCCACUUCCACUGACUUGACACUGGAAGAUGUAACAGCUGCUCCUACUCUCAGUUUAAAUUCUGGGGAGAGCAGUCUCAUAGAAAUGGAUGGAGACUCAGAAAAUCUGUCCCUAACAACCUCUGAAUAUAGGAGAGAGGGCACAAAUCACCUCACUUCUCCUUUAAAAGUGAAAUACAGUCCAGAUGCAGUGGAACAUUUUCAAAGAGGCUUGAGAAAUGGCUACUGUAAAGAGACUCUCCACCCUUCUGUCUCUGAAAUAUUCAACAAUACUCAAGAUGUCAAAAAUCAGAAUAUUUCUCGUCUAGCCUAUCAGGGUGCUGGGUUUAUGCAUAACCACUUCUCAAAUUCAGAUGCAAAAACGAACCAGACCUCCGGGCCCCUGCCUUGUGCUCAUGACUUGCAUGCCCCUGCCCCGGAGCAGUCCACACACUCUGCUCUGAAGCUGUCCAGUCCUUGCAAAUCCAAAAGUCUGGGGGACUUAACGUCAGAGGACAUCGCCUGUAAUUUUGAAAGCAAGUACCAGUGUAUUAGUAAGAGCUUCGUUACCACUGGCAUCAGAGACAAGAAGGGUAUGACUGUAAAAACAAAGUCGUUAGAGCCUAUGGAUGCCCUGACCGAGCAGCUGCGGAAACUUGUGUCCUUUGACCAGGAAGAUGGCUGCCAAGUGCUGUACUCCAAGCAAGAUGCCAAUCAAUUCCCCAGGGCCUUGGUCAGGAAGUUGUCAUCCAGAAGUCAGAGCAGAGUGCGCAAUAUUGCCAGUCGUGCCAAGGAGAAGCAGGAAGCCAACAGGCAGAAGAGUGUGAACCCCAGCACUGUGGGAGGAGUGGUUCUUCGAAGCAAGCCGUGUGCGCCGGCGCCCACAGGGAACCGGCACUCCACCGGCUCCUACAUCGCGGGCUACCUGCGGAGCGCCAAGGGCGGCAGCACGGAGGGCCGCGGGAUCCCCGAGGGCGCAUGCGCAGCCCUGCGCUCCGGCCACGCCGACAGGUUCUGUUCACAUCAUUCUGUUCUGCAGACCGAACCCAGCAGUGACGAUAAACCAGAAAUUUAUUUUCUUUUGAGACUGUGA